AUGACUCCAGUGGACAAUUCUGCUUUAGGACUAACUAACACUGCGCUGCUCCUCUGGCGAAACCUCUUGAACCGGGUGAACUCCCAGGCACGGCAAAACGAACCCUGGGAAUCUAAACACGGGGCAGGCAUCAGCAGCGGGAGAGACCGCAGAGACAGCGGGUUUAAGAACUUCGAAACAGCGGUGCGGGAGAACGUUACCAUUAAUGGGCAGCCCUGGGAGGAGACUUCGGAUGACUCCAAGCUGCAGAGUGGGGCCUUUCCAGCUGCAGAUGUCGCGUACCAGUGCCUGGAAGGGGGGUGGCUUCUCAAGCUCUCCUGUAUCUUGCAGAACUUCGAAACAGCGGUGCGGGAGAACGUUACCAUUAAUGGGCAGCCCUGGGAGGAGACUUCGGAUGACUCCAAGCUGCAGAGUGGUUCCAGCAUCAAAAUUCUUGAAGAUCAAUUUGAUGAACUAAUAGUAGAGACAACAACAAAGCGUAAGCAGUGGCCUAAAAAGAUACUGAUGCAUGCUAUCCAAACCAUGAAAGCGGAGCAAGAGAUGUUGAAGCUCUACCAGCCUUUUGUAACACCAGAAGAGAUAAGAUCACAGCCUUCUCAAGAUGCUUACAUUGCAGAUCUGAAGCAGGUGAUGGAGAAGGCAUCCGAACAGAUCAGUGGAGCAAUGAAGUCUCUCCCAGUGCUAAUAGAAAGAGCGGAAGGUUUUUCCCAAGCGUUAACUUGGCAACCAACCUUGGAACUCUGCAAGCUGCGGCAAGAAGUCUUUGCUGGUUGCAAGGCAAAGGAGGAAAAUAAUGUCCAAAAUUUCAUAUCACCAGGAGAAGUCACACCAACAGAUGCCGAUACCAGUAAAAAUUCUUGUAUUUUGCUAAAAAGAAAAAAAGCUGCAGAUUCACCAGAAAGAAGACGCUACCCACUUCGACGGAGGAAGAUUGCUCUCAGCACGUGAAUUUCUUGUUUAGAAUUUUCAUAUUGGAAUCUCAGUUGUAGUCUUGUUCAGUGUGCUCAGUCUUUUUUUCUUAAAACUUCGUCUCCCCUCUAAUUCAAUCUAUAUAUGGGAGCCUCCUUAAUUAUUUAGUCUCUGAUGCUUUUAAAUAUUUCUAUUUUUACUGUCACGCUGAUGGUAUAUGAAAGCCUACGCAUACCAGUAGCAUCCGAUAUCCAGCAAGUAUAUUUGCUGAUUAACUCUCUUUUUUUGCUCUUUUGUUACAGCAUUUAGCUUGAGUCCUCAUGCUUCUCAGAGUUUGUACACAUGCUUUACGUAUGUGGGCAGUCUUUUAGUAAACCACUAAGUGUUCAUUUACAUUAGGCAUGUUUCUAAAGAGGUUGGAGAAUGUCUAACUCUCCUAAUGCACCUUCAUUUAUUACUGAAUUGGGUGGCUUAUUUUCUUUUUUUAAUAAAAAAAGAAAUACACACUGGAGCAUAUUGAAACACCAGAUUUGAUAUGAUGUUACAGUUUUUAGAAAAUGCACGUGCAAAUGUUACAUUGGUCCCUGCUAUUCUGCCUUUCCUGAAUUUAGGUCAGCGGGGCUUAUUUAUAGUCACGUUUGUUUAAACUUGGAUUUUUAGUAAUUGUAUGUAUUUACUUGCAGCAUGCCCUUCUGAACAAGGAUUCCACCAUCCACAUCUCACCAUCUGAUAUUUCAUUUCAUGUAAUCCAAUUAUGCAGUCUGGGGGUUUCCUGGACAAUAUUUCUACACAUUACAGGAUCUUGACUUGGGUCACGUAUGCAUUUGUGAUGUUUGACUAAACUUGGGAGAUCAGUGCAGGCUACCCGUAAAUGGUAUUAAGUUGAGCUAGCUUACUUUUUUUUUUUUCUGUACACAUUAGUACCUAGACGAUUGCAUGAUAGUGCUAAAUUGAGCAUUGUGCCUUACCCAUUCAUAACUGUUGCUGGUUUAUGAUUGCAUGUGCUUGCAGCAAAUACAUCUAAUACUUGACGUAUUUCUGACACAGUAAAUGGAGGGUUUUUGUAGAAGCUGUAUUGAUGAAAUGUACUGUGGUAAGGAGAUGGGUCCGACUUAACGUCCGAGAGGCUGAAAGUUUUCAAGAAAAUGUGUGACAGAUUUUAGCAUAGUUUAUUUUGUAAAGAUGAGCACCUGUACUGAGACUUUGUAUAUUUAAUCAUAUGUAAAUACUUGUUUCCCCCCGCUCUUGUAUAUACAAAUGUGUGUUUUUAUACAAAGUAAAUUAAAUCAAUUAAGGAAGAUCAAAGUUUCAGAUAAUGAUGUCAGUUUAAUCCUGGAAUAGAUGGUGACUGAACAGUGAGUGUACUUCAGAAGACAUCUGUGUUAAAUUUUGGCUCAAGUAACUGAAGUUGUUCCAUUUACUGCCUUUGAACUCACAACUGUUACUAAUCUCAGGCCUACAAAGCGUCCAAUGUAAGAGAGGACGGGAUCUGAGGGGGACUGGAGCUGUGGAAUGUGAGACUGGGACCGUUUUUCACACGGCAGCUUGGUGUUGUAGUGGCUUUGAGUACGCGUGCUCCGUUGAAAAUCUCCACCAUGGUUUUCUUCACCAAGAUCCACAGAUACUCUUUUUAAUCUGAGCGUUCCUAGGCUAAGAUGAGCCCUGCAAGAUCUUGCAUGGCUACCAUUAAGGUAUGGGAGCAUUUUCUGUGUUAAUAGGAAGGUUGCCUGCUAUUCUCUGCGAAUAAUGAUAGGCAAGCACAGAAAAAAGCUAGGAAUCAGCACAGCUCUUUGAAGAGGUCCCAUCAAAAAUGGCCAAGGUAGAACAAAUGCCUUAAGAAAUAAGGAGGGGGAGCACUCGGGAUUAAGAUUUAAUAAGCAAAUUAACGAAUUCACCCUCCAGUGCGUGUUAGAGAUUGCAGGAUAGUUGGUCUGCACGGUAUUUGAAGGAAGAGGGAGUAGAUGCCCUGAGCUAGGCCUUGUUGGGCCUUGUUCCGUGGCCCUUGCUUCAAUCGCGGUUGGGUGGAAAAAAAAAAACAAAUGCAUCUGGAAACACUGGCCAAGUAAAUAGUGUAAAGAAGGAUGAAGAAAACAAACAAGAUUCCAAGUGCAGCAUAUAAACUAUGACUUUACAGAUCUCUUGACGGCUACUUCUGGCCAAGCGGCAAUGGAAGGUGUCAGGGGACCUCCCUUGAAAUGCAAGUUCUGUGAUGAGCUAAACUCAAUGCUUGAAUGUUCAGCUGUUUUUCAAAUGGUUAUUUAAAAUUCCUACAGCAAGUGAUACCUACAACUAGCCAUGCCUCGGAUCUGCUCUUCCCACUGGCAGAUAUAUAAGAAAUACUUCAUUUUUUUCCCAUUCCAGUAGGCUUUUGUCCUUCAGUUAACUUUUCAUAGAAAUCAGCAGUGUUGUGCAAGACAAGCGUCUAAUCGGGCUUCUACUGAAAUGUCACAACGUCCAAACUUCUUAUUUUUAACUUGGGGUGAAUUGGUAUUGCGUCAGGAAAUGUCUGGUAGUUUUUCUUUAUAUAGCCUUUGGAUUUUGUAAGACAGCUCAAUGGUGAUGGAUGCUUGGGAACAUUUGCAAACCGACUUUGAAUUUCUUGGCUUUUGGGGGUGGGAUGGAGCACCUCGCUGUUUGUUAGUGUGUACUGUCAGCGGUGUGCUCAUUGCUUGGGUAGGCCAUCCCUACCCAAGAAAAACUCACAGAUUGGAGCAGCAUCCAUGCACGCUUUUGCUGCGUGUAGUUUCUGAACAAAGGGGAUUACAGGGGAUGGCAAGCGGCAUGCAGGGAAGCUCCCCUUCCAGAAAUCUUCACGUGGACAACCAACGUCUGUUUGGAAGCUUGGGCGUGCUUGGUGCUCGGAAACCCAGUUUGGGAUACGUGCUGUUCUUUAGAAGAGCCACCCUGCGCUGCGUUCAGCGACUCUAGUCUGCAUGUGUGUAGGCUGCUUCAGUGCUGACAAAAAUCACUGAUAAAGCGCCAUUAUAAAAUGUAAACUCAGCUGACUCGACUGCUUUCUGGGCUUGUUUUCUCUCCUGCAUAGAAACGCUCUGCCUUCACUGCUGCGUUACCUGGAAUUACUGUGUAGGCAUUUCUACAGAUGUACCAGAGAUAGCUUUAAUACUAAGCAGAAAUCAGUUCCCACAAGCAAAUUUUGACUUUCCAUUUCCUUUGCCACUUUGAACAAGAGCAGUCUGUAUUCAGGCUCAAGGGGACCAUCCUGUGACUCGUCCCAUACUUGUGGGAUCCUGGAAACCUUCCUCUACAGCUGCCAGGAGUUACUCAAGGGAGUAGAUAUUUAUUCCGUACUAAUAAAUUCUUGGUAAGCUGCUCAGGACCCAAUGCUUGCUUGUGCAGUUGCCAUUAAGGGCAGCAUUGCUCCUGGAACAGCAUGAGGGCUCUGUGUGGGGUCAGUUCAAAGUCCCUCUGUGGAAGGGGGCUUCUUUUUUCUCCCGCAGAUCACUCUGAAAGGCUGUUGAGGUAUUUCGUCCGCACGGUUCACAGAUUUUAUUGCAAGAGAAU